GGCUUUAUCAAGUACAUGUACGUCACCCAACGUGGAUGUCAAAAACAUCGCAGUCGCAAGACCCGGGUCGUAAGAAAGUAAGUUGGUCCAUAUUGCAAACGGGAUAUAGAAGUUGAAAUUUUGUUGUGUUUAGGAACCAUUACCAUUGCCUCUUUGGAAUAAAGCAUAUCUGGUUCAGCGAGGGGUAUGCGCCAUGCAUCAUCACUGGUUCACUGGGGUUCUUCUGAUUGGGGUCUUCCUUACUCUUCCAAACUCCUUGGAUGGCAGUGCAAUCUGUGACGAGAGAAGAAGCGAGCUUAGGACAGUUAGUAGACGGGUAACAAGGACCCUUCAAGUCGCUACGUACUACAAAUGCUGGUUAUUCUGGACAUGCACCACCUAUAGAAGUAUCACAGGCUACACGGCCCAAUAUCAACUUCUAAUGAGGUACUUCACCACAAAUGUAUGCUGCGAUGGUUAUAUAGGGGAUGCAUCGCAGAAUCUCUGCCUUCCAAUAUCAGGACCAGAUGAAAGUCUGUCUACGACAACAGAAAGUCCAUCUCUCAACCAAACAUCAGAGAACGGUCAACCAGACGCUGUUCCAGAUCGAAAUGAAACGACGCUCGUAGGAUCACCGAGAACUACACCCUUGACAUCCAGUAGCAGCAACUUUCCCUUCUCAACGACAGAACCCAGUAACAGUACAGCUAGAGCAGAUGGCGUAGGUAUGAUGUCUUCAAAGGCCCGACGACAGGCACUCAUCAUGAUAAGCCUUAUUGUUUUCUUCAUCACCGUGGUCGUAUUUUCAGUCGUAAUGGGAUGCGUGGUGUACCGACGACGGAGACUUCGCAGAGUGCAGAGGAAGGUUGAUAGUUUGCACAUGGAACCGCUACGUGAUUUGCAACCUUUGUCAGAAACAACUUCCCACAUUCAACACUUUUCUCCACCCUCCGCACCAAACGAUGAGUACGCAAUCCCAGAUAAGGCAUCCAAGGUAACAACACCACCUAAAGAGGCCUCACAAAACUAUGAAAACACCUGCAUUGACGGAAGACCACUUGCUAAUGCCAAAGAUCAGGCAAAAAGUGAGGGAAAUCGCCCGACACAAACUUCCAUGGAUGGAUUUUCGAAUGUUGAGAAAAAGAAAAAUAAAUCCCUCUUUUCUCACCUCUUUUCCAUGCCUAAAGCUUCCAACAUUCAACACUUUUCUCCACCCUCUGCACCAAACGAUGAGUACGCAAUCCCAGAUAAGGCAUCCACGGUAACAACACCACCUAAAAAGGCCUCACAAACCUAUGAAAACACCUGCAUUGACGAAAAACCACUUGCUGAUGCCAAAGUUCAGGCAAAAAGUGAGGAAAAUCACCUGACACAUACUUACAUGGAUGGAUUCGUUUGUGUAGAGACAAAAAAGGACAAUGUUCCUAAUACCAAGGAAUCAAUCCCUGACAAUAAUUACAACGAAGUCGAUGAGAUGCCAAGCAGUACAGCUAACCUGGAAGAGUGUUACACAGAAGUUGAUAAUCCGCCAUCAAGCUCGGUCGUCACCGACGUUGACAUACAAGACCAUAAGUAUUACUACACUAAAUUUGACACCUCGUCACCCAGCACUACUGAGUGUUAUGCAGAGGUUUAUGAGAUGCAACCUAGCUCUGUUGAUGUAGAGGGCGCUGUUCGAGAUGAGUACGAAACAGUUGGGGAUCAACAACUAACAUACGAUCACAUUGAUCGAAGUUCUACCACAGGUAACUCGGAACCUGUGAACCAUCACAAAGAAGGUUGUAGUAAUGCAGGCGGAAAAUAUGGUGUCCUCGUACAGUCAAGCUCCGUGGAGUCACAAGAAAGUUACGACGUCUUCCAACGGAGUGUUUCGCAGACAGAUAAAUCUGGUGUUGAUGGUUAUGAGCCACUUCUUGCUGUUCCAUCGCAGGGUUCAGCGACAGAACAUUCAGUAGGCAACGAGGCGUACGACGAUCUUGACAGAAUGAUGCCCAAAACACGAAAGAAGGGGAAAAACCUUCUCGAAAAACUGCGUCAGGGCACUAACACGACAGCUUAUGGACAUCUGGUGUCAAGCUUUGAGAGCGAUACCAGUGAGACCAACAACUCUGUCAUGGAGCCCAUAUAUUCUAAUCAAGACGCUGGACUUGCCGGAGACCGGGAAUCGACCUACACAGAUAUGUCAGGCAGCCGUCCCAAUUCUUUACUUCAGCGUGGUCUAAGCUUGAGGAGCGAGAGAACUGAGUUAGUAACGUACACUGAAAUGUCACCUACCCAUUUCUCGAGCAACUAUUACAACGUCGAUCUUGAAAACAUUCAUGAAAGCAUAGAUUAAAAGGACAUAGACCUCACACAGAACUCAAACAGGAACAUGUCGACCCGACCCUGGUGCCAGACGUGAAUUAAAUGUUUGCAUUGCGAUUUCGGGAGUAAUACUAAAUCGAUCUACAGUACUUUGCAUAAUUUCCUCCAUGCAUUUCUUGAUCUUCUGAAUAGUCAAUGGAUGUUAUCAACCCCUUCCGAACCUUCUUAAGUGCUAGUACACCGAAACACACCACACCAUUAAUGUUAGGACCGUAAAUUUGAAAAUUUGAUUGAUUUGAUUUUCCAAGAUGCUUAAAUCAAUGCGAUUGCCAUUUAUUACGGAAAUCGGAUCUCUUGAUUAAACGAGGUGAAGGGAAAAAAUAUAAGUUAUUUGAUAUGAGAAAAUUCCUUCUAAAAAAAGAACAUUUUUUUCAUUCACUACCUUUACUCGUACACUAGCCUAUUCAGGAAUGAUAUUCUAUUUACUGUUAUAUGUAUCUCCGACCUAUAUCUGGGAAAAAAAUAUAAAACGACGAAAUGUAUGCAUGUUUAAACUAUCAAGGGUGCAGCUUAAAUAUGAAUCCCAAUUUCAAUGUACAUUUUGUUUUCAAGAAGGGUUCUUAAUAGUUUCACUGACACCCAUUCAGGUAAUUCACUACAGUGCGAGUCAGAAAAAAUGUUACACUUUUUAAAUUAAGUAUUUUUUAAAGAAAAUGUGGAAUUUAGAGAGAAUUUCUAGCAUGUAUGGAUAGAAUAAAUAUUCUUUUGUCACUUGGUAAAAUUUGCUUGAGUGUUGUUGUCAUGGUGAGUGCACAACAGCCAUUGUUUGAAAAAGUGUCAACACCCAUUUGCGCUAGGUCAGGUGAUUACCUGCUGAAACAGAGACAAAAGCAUUCACACAAUGAGCGUACAGUGUAUGCAUAUGUUUAGUAAUCAAGAAAAAUAAACAAGAGAACCAGUAAAUCAAUAAAUCAUCUUUACUGAAAAGUUCAAUUUCAUUGUCAUUUUGGCAACGACUUGGGCAAAGCUUCCCGCCUUCAAUCUUCCACAUGUUGUCCAUUUCUCUCGAUGCACUUCUGAGCUCGAUGGAGCAUUGCUGCCAUGGCCCUGCAAACUGUCUGGCUGUCUUUGUCUGGGGGUACCUGAAGUCAAAAGUGUACAGCACCCUACCUGCAGAUCUGGAUGACUUGCAGCAGCGCACCAUCAGAGCUACAUAAUAAACAUACAGUACAGUACGCAUAAACCUUACGCUUAUUGUUUGUGUGAAUGCGUUUGUCUCUGUUUCUGCAGGUAAUCACCUGACUUGGUGCAAAUGAUUUUUAACACUUUUUCAAACAAUGGCCGUGGUGCACUCAACCAUAAUAACAACACUGAAACAAAUUUUACCGAGUGACAAACUAAGGAAUAUUUACUCUAUCUAUACAUACUAAAAAUUCUCUCUGAAUCCCACAUUUUCUUCAAAAAAUUAAAAAGUGUAACAUUCUUCUGACUCGCACUGUAGUAUUUUGAUAACUGCAUGCAUCAGUUAGCCCUUGAUACUCCAAAUCACCAAAGAAUUUGAUCAAUAAGUGAUUUGCCGUUAUAUAUUUAAUUUCUUUUAAAUGAUGUAGAUAUAUAAAAGUAUACCUUAAUAACAAUACUCCCAUGACUUUAUUUUCGGCGAAAAAAAAAUUGUCUGUAUAUUGGUUUGUUUCUGGAUCGUUAGAACAAUACAGAAGGUGACCACCUGUUAAAUUUCGAAACUUGAAGUUUGUUUUCAUUAUUUGAUCUCAUCUAACGCUUGGAUGAGAAUCCAUCUGUAGAUAUCUAUAUUUUUACGAUUGUUAUUUUUCCUUAUUAUAAAAGGACAUAUUCGCCGAUUAAUAUAUUCAUUUUAUUUUUGACUAUUAAAGUAUAAAUAUUUACGCAUAAAAUUGACAUUAUUUAAUUAAUAUGUAGUAUGAAAUAAUACAAUUAUUAGUAUGUAACAUGAAAUAACGUGAAAUAAAUAGUGAUGGUGGUGGUGGUUGUCGUCAUGAUGGUUGUGCUGAUGUUUAUAAAGGUGAUUGUUGCACCACAAAUUGUCACCCCAGCACAAAUUGUCACCCCGCGACAAUUUGUGCAAAAAUCGACACCACACAUUGUCAUCGCCUGCACAAAUUGUCGCCUCGCCAAAAUGUAUGCUGCACGUGCCGGUCUAAAUUUUUAAGCAUAUUGUGCCAAUUAUUUGUGUCCUCAAAAAUAAACCUAGAACCUCAAA